AUGCGAGCGCUUAGGCUUUUCGGUAGACGUGCCAUUGCGUUUGGCGUGGGUGUCGCAAAACCCACGGCGGUUCGGACACCGUGUCGUUGUCUCUCACAGCGGGAGAUAGUUGCAGCCGACCUGCGGGCUGAUGACACUUUCAGCGAUGGUGCCGCGUUAAGUGCCACCACAUCGCCAUUUGCAGAUGACACGUUUACUGGCGAGUUUGACGAACUUGAGGCGGCCUCACAGGAGAUCCAUGACCUCUGCUUUGCGAUGAUUAGUCACCUGCAGAAGGUUGACCCGGACGAGACAAAAGAUCUCUUUCAGAAGCGCGGUGCCCGCAGGUUUCGCGAGCCGGUUACUGAGAACAAACGGCGUCUGCUGCACGGACACGGCUUGAAAAGUCUUCAUCGCAGGAACUGCUACAGAACAAGGCAAGAGUACGAGGAGGCGACGCAGCUGUUUCUUCAGUUUGGGGAGAAGCUCCUGCUGCUGCUCACCAAACCAGUUAUGGACCGCAUAAUUGAAACUUCUGGGAAGGGCUACAGAGAUCAUCGCUCGGAUGGUGUUCACAAAUAUCGAAAGCCUCUGGAGCGAGCAAGUUGGCGCGGUUUCCCUCAUCGAUGGUACAAACACGCACCGUUUGAGGUGCAGCAGCUCCGGGCUGACAUGCCGGAGGCGGCGGUAAAUAACACCAGGACGAUGCGGGAUCUCUCCACCAUACGUUCCUUGUUUACGCUUAUGGAACCACAACACUCGUUUAGGUCUGCUAUUGAAAAUCGCCUUUUUGAAAUCACACGAGAGUAUGACGCUGUACACAAGUCUACCAAGGGAGGCGAUCUCGCUUCUCUCCCGCUGUAUACAUCUUGA